AUGCGCCCGACUUCUCGCUUGCUGCAGGCGACUGCAGCCGCUAUGCAGCGACAGAAGAGCGUCAGUUUCAUCGGCCUGGGCCGCAUGGGGUCCGAGAUGGCCUUCAACCUCUUCUCUCGCACUCUGGUCGAGUCUCAUGGUAGCACUCGGUUUGUUGUCUGCGACGCGAGGGAAGCGACCUCAGCUGCGUUUGUGAACAACUUUACCCACCACUUCCCUGGAGCCCACGUCCAAAUCGCAACUACCCCUGCAGAAGCCUUGCUCGCCUCUAACACCGUAGUCACCAUGCUGCCGUCGUCACCCCACGUGCGAAACGUUUACAACGAAGAAGACGGCAUCAUCCCUGCACUCAACACACUCCCCCCUGAAGCCAUUGCGUCGACGCUCUGCAUAGACUCGACAACCCUUGAUGUCGAAGUCGCGAGGACCGUCUCGUGCAACGUGCAGUCAACCGGUGCGGCCAUGGUCGACGCCCCCGUGUCGGGCGGGGUGGCGGGCGCGAAAGCAGGCACGCUCAGCUUCCUCGUGGGCGGACCGAAGUCGGCGUUCAAGCAGGCAUAUCCAACCCUGACCCAUAUGGGCAAGCAGAUCAUCUACUGCGGAGACUCUGGCACGGGCCUGGUCGCGAAGAUCUGCAACAACCUCAUCCUCGGCGUCCAGCAGAUCGUCGUCGCGGAGUCGAUGCUGCUCGGCCAAAAGCUCGGUCUGGACCCGAAGGUGCUUGCGGGCGUCGUGAACAGCUCGACGGGUGCGUGCUGGUCGUCGUCGGUGAACAACCCGGUGCCGGGCGCGCUGCCCGGCAAGUCGCCGCCGUGCGAGCGUGACUACGAGGGCGGGUUCGCGACGACGCUGAUGCUCAAGGAUAUGGGCCUCGCGACGGACUUGGCGGCAGGUGCAGGGAGCCCGUUGACACUGGGACAGGCGGCGGAGAAGAUCUACGCGGACGUGGUGGAGGACUCGGACCUGGCGAACAAGGACUUUUCGGCAGUGUACAGAUACUUGAGGGUGUCCGGGUACCCUAAGGGCCCGUAG